CUCCAUAAAGCACUCAUCUCAUCGUACGCCAAAUCGAAACGUUCCCCCUUCCUCACCUGCUAUUCCCCAUCACGUGAAGCACCUCUAUCUCAUCUGCCUGGAAAUACACCGACCCGCCCAGAUAAGCCCUGCCAAAGCUGUCCCUCUCGCCCGUACCGCCAUCGUCAUCCCUCGCCCCCGUGUAGCCCUCAGGCAGAUAGCCGCUGUCGAUAGACUGCCAGCAGCUGCGGAUGUAAGGCCGGUAACCCAAAUAAAGCCGCCCACCGAUCUCCACAUUCGCAGCCCCAGACAGACCCCCCUCCCUGCCCGCCACUACCACAAAGUGAUCCCAUUCGUCGAUGUCAAUCUUGGUCGGCUUGUCGAAGUGCCCGGCCAGCGAAAACCACCACAGGACACACUCGUACUUAUGCCAGUCAGUCGGCUCGUCGGGCAGCUCCAGGCCGCAGUUGAUGUGGACGCUGAAGACAUACUUGUCCUUUCUGAUUACAAACACGAGAGGCUCUGCGUCGCCCACACUGUCCAGCAGGUCAUCGUAGGUGGUGCCGUCCACAGACGUCCUACGCCAGACACACACACACACACAUCUCUCUCUCUCUCUCUCUGUGUGUGUGUGUGUGUGUGUGUGUGUGUGAUUGCAUACCGGUAGAGUGAGUUGAGUUCUGUGCCAUUGUGAUUGCCCAUCAAGUCGACCAGCGCCUCAUACUCUGCCGCAGACAGCGACGUGUUGCCAGGAGGGGACACCUGCACCCGACGCAAAUGCACCUGGACACACAGCCAUUCACACCAGAGCAUCGAAUGAAUGGAUCGAUGGCCUCCGUGUGUGGUGCACCUGCUGUCCCUCUGCGCCAACACACGUCAAGCUGAGAGUCAUCAUCAGCAGCGCAGCACACGUGGAGAGCUGUCCCAUCGCGUGUAGCUAGAUCUUUCCGCUCAAACUGUUCGAGAGCCCAGCCCCCUUAAGCUCUCACCGCAAAUGCCACGGGGAGGCAGCGCAGCGUGAGCGCAGAUAUGUAGGAAGCAGCGGCUGCCCUCAGUUGCCAAGGUCCGCUGACCGAAGCUGCACAGAAGAAAGCGGUGCGUAUUGUGAUACCUGGCGGUGCAGACGAUGAACAAGACAGCAGUGAGUGAGAUCAGGGAGAAGAGAUCAGAGAGACUCUCUCCCUCUCGGGGCUCAUCGCUCGGGUGCUCUCGUUGCAGAUCUCUCCACUCAGACUUCUUGUAAAGCUCUCCCCAUUGACGCUCCCGCCGACUCGCCAUCUUUGUGUGUGGAGCGCACUGGAGAAGCGGGGCGCGAGCUUCUGGAACAAGCUUUUCCUCUCUCAGCCCUCCCUUCUCUCCAGAUGGUCCUGUGGACUCUCACUGGACAAUCUCGUGCACCGAAAAGGCCAAACGAAUGUGUGAGCUUCGAGAAAAACGGCAAUUCGAUCCCACUCGAUCACCGACUUCCGCAAAUUAAUUUUUUGAUUUCAUCACAUUGACCGCUCCGCAGUGAGACCGUUGACACGACGGAAGAGACAAACAGGCGAAAGAAACGCGGCAAAGGCUGGGGGUCUGCUGGGGCCUUUCAUGCG